AUGAUUUAUCUGGCUAAGGGUGUAACACCCAUUGGGCCUUCUGACUAUGUACCAGUUACAAGUACAGUUACAUAUAUUGUACUAGUGGUACUGGUGAACAGUGAUGACGAAGUGCUCAUGAUGCAAGAAGCAAAAAGUACUUGUGCUGGUCAAUGGUACCUACCUGCUGGUCGUGAACCUGGGGAAAAUUUACAAGAUGCCGUUAAAAGAGAAUGCUUAGAAGAAACAGGAUUAGAAAUGGAACUUGUUACUUUAUUGUCCGUGGAAGCUGCAUCUAAAGCAUGGUUUCGAUUUAUUUUCACUGGAAAUGUUACUGGCGGUUGUUUGAAAACACCAGCUCAAGCUGAUAGUGAAUCUCUACAAGCUAAAUGGAUUAAAAAUAUUUCUGAAGUUACUCUUCGUUCCAAUGAUAUUAUACCAUUGAUUGAAUGUGGUCGAGCUUUUCAUAAUGUAACUAAAAAAAACAAGAUUCGGAACGAUUGGCACCAUAAUCUUUUGCCUGUUAUUAAACCUCAUAAAAAACUUUUAUUACGUCUUCUUAUCUGUGCUAGACAAAAAACCAGUGCUAAAUUAUAUGUGCUUAUGUCAGAAAAAACCCAAGCCCAUUUUCCAAUGUGUGAAAUAAACCACAAUCGGAAUUUGCAUUCAACAUUACGCAAGUUUAUGACUGAAAUAUUUGGUGCUGAUGUAGCUCUGCAUAAACCUCGAGUAUUAAGCAUUGAACAUUGCGGCCAACCAGAAGGCUCUAAUGAUGGUUUAUGUUUAUCGUUAUUGGUUACUUUCCAAAAGACAUUGGAAGAUGUAUUCCCUAUUGGCAAAUAUAGUUGGACGGCUGUAUCCACAGAAUGUGCAAAAUUAAUUGCGUUGAGAACUAUACGUAACAUGACUGUUCCUCUUAAAGUUAUAUGUUAAACAGUUAAUUAAGCCAUACAUAUUAUUUUUAUGCUUAUCAAACUACAAAUGUGCUAUAUUAUAUUAAUGUUAAUAUGCACAGAAAAGUAGUGAUAUAAUAUAUAUAUUAUUUUUUUUAAA